AUGCGUUUUUCUACCGUUGCCGCCGCCAUCCAGGCCGUUGCCUUUGUUCAGGCUGCCGCUCUGCCGGCUAUUCCCGCUGGCGAGCUCAUCGAGCUCGUCAAGGACGAUGUCACCUCCCUCCCUGGUGAUGCCACCGUUGAUCUAGUUGGCCGCAAGGAGGUCAACGAGGUUCACGCCAUCGAGAGCAUCGCCGAGCAGACUAACUCUGCCGACAAGAGUGUCGUCGUUCGCGAACUCGAGAAGCGCACGCUUAACAUCAAGCUUGGCGCCGACACCGGCAAUCGCUACCGCGCUACUAUCAACGGCAUCGCCAUCAUUGUCCACUUCUUCUUCGACCUUGCCAUCGAGAAGACCGUCUUUUACUGGACCAUUGACGGCACCAACCCUGCCCCCGGAGACCUCAGACUCGGCUUCCGCGACAUGACCUCCGGCGCCGGAUAUCCUGACGCUCGCUACGCCCACGACAACCGCUACUACUUCCCUGGCUUCCGUCUGUACGAUAUUGUCAACAUCUUCAAGCCUUAG